CACACAAAAAGGUUGCUUCGACCUACAUCAAUAGCCGAACAGUUCUUUCAGCGGCAAGAUUCACGUGUAAGGGUACAAAGAGGUCCCGGGUUCAAUUAUUGCCUUGGAGAUGUCCCAUCUAAAUAUUUACUCAAUUUAUGAGUUGUAAUAAGACUGAUAAACACGUAACCAUUAUUUAGACCACAGAAGUUGAAAAAAGCUAAAAGAAGAUAACACUCAAAAACAGAGUGACUUUUACAGAGAACGCAACAUUCGUCAACUCCGGCGAAAUAACGGGAUCAAUGGCGUCGGAGGCUAAACCACACAUCAUGGUGUUUCCUUACCCAGCACAAGGCCACUUGCUUCCGCUACUAGACUUAACCCACCAACUCUGCCUUCGUGGACUCAUCGUCUCCGUCGUCGUCACUCCAAAAAACCUCCAAUACCUCUCUCCUCUUCUCUCUGCUCAUCCUUCCUCCGUCACUCCCGUCGUUUUCCCCUUUCCUCCUCAUCCUUCUCUACGUCCCGGCGUUGAGAACGUCAAAGACCUCGGAAACUCCGGUAAUCUCCCAAUCAUGGUCUCUCUUCGUCAGCUUCGUGAACCUAUCAUCCUCUGGUUCCGUUCUCACCGGAAUCCUCCGGUCGCUGUCAUCUCUGAUUUCUUCCUUGGAUGGACAAACGGUCUAUGCAAUCAGCUCUGUAUUCCUCGCUUCGUCUUCUUCUCCUCUGGCGCGUUCUUAGCUUCCGUUCUCCAGUUUUGCUUCGACAACAUCGAAACCAUUAGAACAACGACGACGGGAGAGAUUCGUUUCUCCGGUCUUCCUCGUGAACCGGUUUUCAAGGAGGAGGAUCUUCCGUCGGUGGUUCGACGCUUGGUCCAAUCUCCGUCGCCGGAUUUCGAAGGUAUCAAAGAUGAUUACUUGAUGAAUUUUCAGAGCUACGGUUGCGUUUUCAACACGGCAGAGUGUUUGGAAGACGAGUUCAUCGAGUACGUGAAGCAGAGAGUUGGUCACGACCGUGUUUUCGGAGUUGGCCCGCUUUGUUUAACCGGGUUGGACACGGUUGGUUCUGUUAAAUCCGAUUCCGGUUUGCUGAGUUGGCUCGGCGGUUUCCCAGAACGGUCCGUGCUAUAUAUCUGUUUCGGAAGUCAAAAGGCUUUGACGAAAGAGCAGUGUGAUGCGUUGGCCUUAGGACUCGAGAAGAGCAUGACCCGGUUCGUUUGGGUGGUUAAGAAAGAUCCGAUACCCGAAGGAUUCGAGGAUCGGGUCGCUGGUAGGGGAAUGGUCGUUAGAGGUUGGGCCCCACAGCUUGCGGUGUUGCGACACGUGGCAAUCGGAGGGUUUUUGAGCCACUGUGGAUGGAACUCGGUGCUGGAAGGGUUAACGUGUGGAGUUACGGUGUUGACGUGGCCAAUGGAGGCGGACCAGUUUGUGAACGCGAGGUUGCUGGUGGAGGAUUUGGGUGUGGCGGUUCGGGUCUGCGAAGGGGAUGGAGCAGUACCCGACCCGGAUGAGAUAUGCCGGGUCAUAGGUGAAACUAUGGGAGAGUGUGGACGGGACGUGGGUGCUCGAGCGGAGGAGAUACGGCGGAAAGUAGUAGGAGCAGUGAUGGAGGAAAAAGGAAGCUCUUUUGCUGAUUUAGAAAGACUUGUCAAAGUAUUUGGUCUUCUUUGAAGAUUCUCAAAAAUGGAUUUUUAUUCUCAAGAAUCAAAUGAUUAUGAAAAAUCUACACAAGAAACAAAAAAAAAGAAUCAUCUUACGUUCAUAUUUGUUCCAUUAAUUUAGUUGAAUUUGUCUGAUCAAUGAUCAUAGUUUCU